CUCUCAUAAACCUAAAACCUCCCAUCAAACACUACACCAGACCCGACUAGCAGAACCUCUCUCUCUCUUUCUUUCUCCCCUUAUCCCCAACCGCAAUGUCGUCGAUCGCCGCUCCGGGGCACCUCCUCUCUCUCAACCUCACUCCCUACCUGCCGCCCCGGUGCAAGUUAUCCCCCACCACCGUCACCACCACCACCCGCCUCCAUUCCACCACCACCACUCGCCACUCCACCCCUAUCACAUCCCACCUCCUCUCUUCCUCCCAAAACCCUAAUAACAUUCCCAAAACCCCUCAAUCUACCAAGAACGUCUUCUCCCUUAAGAAAACCCUAGCUGUAUCUGCCGCCUCCGGCAUCCUCUUACACUUAGCCUUCUCCGCCCCUUCCCUUAUCAACCGUAUCGGCGGCGGCGGAGGCGGCAAUGGAGUUGGCGGAGGUGGUGGUGGCGGAGGUGGUGAAGGAAACGGCAAUUUCUGGUCCCGGAUAUUUUCUCCCGCAGCAAUCGCGAAAGACGAGGAGCCACCUCAAGAAUGGGACUCUCAUGGUUUACCUGCCAACAUUGUAGUCCAGCUCAACAAGCUCAGUGGAUUCAAGAAAUACAAACUCUCCGAAAUUCUCUUCUUCGAUCGGAGACGCUGGGCCACGGUGGGCACCGAAGACUCAUUCUUCGAAAUGGUAUCGCUUCGGCCCGGUGGUGUAUAUACCAAAGCCCAGCUGCAGAAAGAGCUUGAAACUCUAGCCACUUGUGGGAUGUUCGAAAAAGUCGAUCUUGAAGGGAAAACGAACCCGGACGGGACAAUUGGGAUAACGAUAUCAUUCAUGGAGAGCACUUGGCAGUCCGCGGAUAGGUUUAGAUGUAUAAAUGUGGGUUUGAUGCCGCAGUCGAAGCCGAUUGAAAUGGACCCAGAUAUGACUGAGAAGGAAAAGUUGGAGUAUUUUAGGAGUCAGGAGAAGGAUUAUAGGAGGAGAAUGGAUAGGGCGAGGCCGUGUUUAUUGCCGGCGACAGUGCACAGAGAGGUUGUGCUAAUGUUGAGGGAGGAAGGGAAGGUGAGUGCCAGGUUGUUGCAGAAGAUCAGGGAUCAGGUUCAGAAGGCAUACCAUGAUUUGGGGUAUGUGUGUGCUCAGGUUGUGAAUUUUGGGAAUUUGAAUACCAAGGAAGUAGUUUGUGAGGUGGUGGAAGGGGAUAUUACUCAGUUGGUCAUUCAGUUUCAGGAUAAGCUAGGGAAUGUGUGUGAGGGGAAUACCCAGCUUCCCGUGAUCAAGAGAGAAUUGCCCAAGCAGCUUCGGCCAGGGAAUGUUUUUAACAUAGAAGCAGGUAAACAAGCCUUGAGGAACAUAAACUCGCUUGCUCUUUUUUCAAAUAUCGAAGUCAAUCCAAGACCAGACGAAAAAAACGAAGGGGGAAUCAUUGUAGAAAUUAAGCUUAAAGAACUGGAACAGAAAUCAGCUGAAGUCAGUACGGAGUGGAGUAUUGUUCCCGGACGUGGUGGUCGCCCAACAUUGGCUUCAAUACAGCCUGGUGGAACUGUGUCCUUUGAGCAUCGGAAUCUCAAAGGGCUUAACAGGUCCAUUCUUGGUUCGGUGACAACUAGCAACUUCCUCAAUCCUCAGGAUGAUCUUGCUUUUAAACUUGAGUACGUGCAUCCAUAUUUUGAUGGUGUAUAUAAUACUCGCAACCGUACUUUCCGUGCAAGCUGCUUUAACAGCAGAAAACUGAGUCCAGUAUUCACAGGUGGACCAGGAGUAGAUGAAGUUCCUCCUAUAUGGGUUGAUCGAGCUGGAAUGAAAGCCAAUCUAACAGAAAAUUUCACCCGGCAGAGCAAAUUCACUUAUGGGUUUGUGAUGGAAGAGAUAACAACACGUGAUGAAAGCAGUCACAUUGCUGCAAAUGGUCAAAGGGUGUUGCCAAGUGGAGGAAUUAGCGCAGAUGGACCUCCAACAACCCUCAGUGGCACUGGUAUUGAUCGAAUGGUGUUUGCACAAGCAAAUAUCACAAGGGAUAACACCAAAUUUGUAAAUGGAGCAAUUGUUGGAGAGAGGAAUGUGUUCCAGCUUGACCAAGGCCUUGGCAUCGGCACUAAGUUUCCAUUCUUUAACCGCCACCAGCUAACACUGACCCAAUUCAUCCAGUUAAAGCAAGUGGAGGAAGGUGCUGGGAAACCACCACCGCCCGUGCUAGUCCUUCAUGGGCAUUAUGGUGGUUGUGUGGGAGACCUUCCUAGUUAUGAUGCUUUUACACUUGGUGGACCAUAUUCAGUGAGGGGUUACAACAUGGGAGAGAUAGGUGCAGCCAGAAAUAUCCUUGAGCUUGCUACGGAGCUACGGAUUCCUGUUAGAAACACACACGUUUAUGGAUUUGCUGAACAUGGGAAUGAUCUUGGAAGUUCAAAGGAUGUCAAGGGAAACCCAACAGAGGUAUACAGGCGAAUGGGUCAUGGUUCCUCAUACGGUGUUGGAGUCAAGCUAGGUCUAGUACGAGCAGAGUAUGCUGUGGAUCAUAACUCUGGGACUGGCACAAUCUUCUUCCGGUUUGGAGAGAGAUUCUGAGGCGUGCAUAAAGUGUUUCAUCGUUUUACCUCGUACAUUCUUCUAGUUGGCAACGGGAAAGAACUCCAGGAAAGUAUCUGGAUGGGUCUUGAGUUUAGAAUUUAGAUCUAUAGAGGUGUUUCGGUGUUCUGUGAGAUUUUCUGCGAUUUAUUAUUAUUGGUAUCUCUCUCUCUAUAUAUAAUUGGGAAGUCCCGGGGAAAAUUGUGAUGAUCAAAGUGUGAUGAUGGGUUCCCCUCCCCUUUCUUUCCCCUUCAUGAACUGGACGAUUCAUCAUACAAUUUUGAUAUUUAUUAAGGUUUUGUUUUGAAUAUCA